CCCCCGAAAUCCCCGUUUUUAGCGGCUUGCUGGUGCCUGGUCCCCCUCUCUCUGCGGCAAAGCUGAAACCCUCUGCGAGGAGGAGCGCCUGCUUCGCCUUAGAUAAAUGUCUCGCUCUAGGAUUCCAACAGGAAAAUUUUCUCAACCUUGUGUCUGGGUAGCUCUUGAGGAUGGCAAGCAAAGGACCCACAACUUCUACAUCAACAAAGAACUCCAGUACUGGAGGGACCAGUGGCAGCAGUAGCAGUAAUGGUGCUGGGGACAAUGCUAAUCAGGACAACACUUUUGAAUGUAACAUAUGUUUAGACACUGCCAAGGAUGCAGUUAUCAGCUUGUGUGGACAUCUCUUCUGUUGGCCUUGUUUACACCAGUGGCUAGAGACCAGGCCAAACAGACAAGUGUGUCCUGUAUGCAAAGCAGGAAUCAGUCGAGAUAAAGUUAUUCCUCUGUAUGGAAGAGGUAGCACUGGGCAACAGGACCCCAGAGAGAAAACUCCGCCACGACCCCAAGGACAGAGACCUGAACCAGAGAACAGAGGGGGAUUCCAGGGCUUUGGGUUUGGGGAUGGUGGCUUCCAAAUGUCAUUCGGCAUUGGGGCGUUUCCCUUUGGUAUAUUUGCAACAGCUUUCAACAUAAACGAUGGGCGACCUCCUCCAGGUGAAGAAGUCUGGAGAUGUCUAGGAUGCGGGGACAGCAUUGCUGCAGGUCAGCGCCUCUACAAGACUGUUAACGAAGCUUGGCAUAUUUCCUGUUUCCGGUGCUCUGAAUGUCAGGAUCCCCUCACUAACUGGUACUAUGAGAAAGACGGGAAGCUGUACUGUCACAAAGACUACUGGGGGAAGUUUGGGGAAUCUUGCCAUGGCUGCUCUCUGCUGAUGACUGGACCUGUGAUGGUGGCUGGCGAAUACAAGUAUCACCCCGAGUGCUUUGCUUGUAUGAGCUGCAAAGUGAUCAUUGAAGAUGGGGACACUUACGCACUCGUGCAACAUUCCACUCUCUACUGUGGAAAAUGCCAUAACCAGAUUGUGCUGACACCGAUGAUAGAAAAACACUCCACUGAGUCUCUGCGUGAGCAGCUGCCUUAUACGCUGACCCUCAUUUCCAUGCCGGCAGCUACUGAUGGCAAGAGGGGGUUCUCCGUGUCUGUUGAAGGUGGCUGCUCCAGCUAUGCCACUGGUGUCCAGGUGAAAGAAGUUAACAGGAUGCACAUCAGCCCAGAUGUCCGAAACGCCAUCCACCCUGCAGAUCGUAUCCUGGAGAUUAAUGGAGCUCCUAUUCGUACAUUACAGGUGGAGGAGGUGGAGGAACUGAUUCGCAAGACAAGCCAGACACUUCAGCUGCUGAUAGAGCAUGACCCGGUCUCGCAGCGCUUAGACAGGCUUCGUUUGGACUCCCGUCUCCCCACCCACAUAAAGCCGCCCAUUUCCCCACGCUCCCUCUCUCCACUGGACAUCAAGGAGAAUCUGGAAGGAACGCUCCGACGGCGCUCCCUCAGGCGAAGUAACAGCAUUUCUAAGUCUCCUGGCCCCAGUUCUCCAAAGGAACCACUCCUUCUGAGCCGUGACAUCAGUCGUUCUGAAUCCCUACGUUCUUCUUCUAGCUGCUCCCAGCAAAUCUUCCGGCCCUGUGACCUGAUUCAUGGCGAAGUACUAGGAAAAGGAUUUUUUGGACAAGCAAUCAAGGUGACUCACAAAGCAACAGGAAAGGUGAUGGUGAUGAAAGAACUGAUUCGCUGUGAUGAGGAAACACAGAAGACUUUCCUGACAGAGGUGAAAGUGAUGCGCAGCCUGGAUCACCCCAAUGUGCUAAAGUUCAUCGGUGUACUGUACAAGGACAAGAAGCUGAAUCUCCUCACUGAGUACAUUGAGGGGGGCACCCUGAAGGACUUCCUCCGCAAUGCGGACCCGUUUCCCUGGCAGCAGAAGGUCAGCUUUGCCAAAGGAAUUGCUUCUGGAAUGGCUUACUUGCACUCCAUGUGCAUCAUACACAGAGACCUGAAUUCCCACAACUGCCUAAUCAAGUUGGAUAAGACAGUGGUGGUGGCUGACUUCGGUUUGUCUCGGCUGAUUGUGGAGGAAAGAAAAAAGCCCACUUUGGAGAAGCCAUCUGCCAAGAAACGAACCCUACGCAAGAGUGACAGGAAGAAGCGCUACACGGUGGUUGGCAACCCAUACUGGAUGGCCCCAGAGAUGCUAAAUGGACAGAGCUAUGAUGAGACAGUGGACAUCUUUUCAUUUGGGAUUGUUCUCUGUGAGAUCAUAGGCCAGGUGUAUGCUGACCCAGACUGUCUCCCACGCACACUGGAUUUUGGCCUUAAUGUCAAGCUGUUCUGGGAGAAGUUUGUUCCUGCUGACUGCCCUCCAGCCUUUUUCCCUCUGGCUGCUAUUUGCUGCAGACUGGAACCAGAGAGCAGGCCCCCUUUUUCCAAGCUGGAAGAUUCCUUUGAAGCUCUCUCUCUCUACCUGGGAGAACUUGCUAUCCCCCUUCCAUCUGAGCUGGAGGAGCUGGACCACAACGUGGGUGUGCAGUAUGGACUGAACCGUGACAAGCUACCUGAAAACACAACCUAGUCGGCUCAUCCUGCUGCCUGCACCACUUCCAUUGGAGUCGAGAUGAGUGACAGGGAGGGAGAUGCACUUCAGCCACUUCCAGGGCAUUAAUGGGGCACCACGCUGUGCGUUUGCUGCAUUGCCUCUCUCUCCCCACCCAACACCCCUCCUCUUGGAUAUCCUGAUUCACUGUGGAUUUCUGGCAUGUUUCAGAAGCAAAAAGGGCCGUUUCCUGCCAACUGCACCUAGGAAAGCUGCUCAACACUAUUUUUCUGGCUUGAGAAAUGUUUCUCUGGCCUUUUCAGGCUUCUUUACUGUGGUGCCUUAGAACUUGGCUGCAAGCUGUGAAGUCACCCUGGCCUGUCUGCCAGGGAGGGAAUUGCUAUAGGAGACUCCUGGGCAAGGACCAGCACUUCUGGAACUGCUUCUCCCACUGACUACCCUGCUCAGAAAGCUGGGGAAAUUGGAUAUCCAGUAAAAGGCCCCACCAGGACAGCGUGUGUGUGUAUGUUUGUGCAUGUGUUUUCCAGAACAACCCACUGAGAUUUUGGCCUCCAGUGUGCAUCAGGGGAGGGAGUGAAAAGCCCCAGAAACUGGGCAGCUCUCCUGAAAUACCUUGUCUGUGGGGAAGAGUGUAUGAAUUUUUGUUUUGGUUUUGUGGGUUUUUUGACUCCUCUGUCUCUGAAUACCUCCAAAAGCCUGCCUAGAAACACUAAGACUGAGCUCUGCUUGCCCUUCCUGAUGGUGAACAAGGCAGGCAGCAAAUGAGCCACAUGAGCAUCUUCAGACCCUGAGCCUGCACAGUGAGUUUGCCUGCCCAAGAACCUUAACCUUGGUGAAAGUAUUUGAAUCUGAAUGUGUAGAACUACACUAGGCACUGGCUGUGGACAUCCCUGGAGUGCUGAAGCUGCUUGAGCCCUUGGUCUGUGGACAUGAGGUGGCAGA